UUUAUAUGUGUGACUUUGAUGCUAGCUUGUUAACUGUCUCCUGGUUCUAUCCACAGUGAAAACACAGAUUGUGAUCAGGACAAAUGGAGACAACAGCAGUGUGUGACAUUGAUGUGGCGACCAGGAGAAUAGUGGGAGGCAGUGAUUCUCCUACCGACCUGGACAGCUCUUGUCAGGAAGUGGUUGCAGCAUUUGAUUUGGGCUUGUGCUUUGCUGAGGAGGAGAGAGGGGAAACUCCAGGCAGAGAGGAUAGUCCCAGUGAUCUUGGGGAGGCAGAGCUUGAUCCUGGAGGAGACCCCAAGAGUGGAGAAGACAAGGCCUUUGGGAAGGAGGUCGCUCUGUUGAUGCAGGCUCUGAAUUCUCUGGCCACACCUGAAGAGAAACUGGCUGCUUUGUGCAAGAAAUAUGCCGACCUGCUUGAGGAGAGCCGCUGCAUGCAGAAGCGACUGAAAGCCGUGCAGAAGAAGCAGUCUCAGAUUGUGAAGGAGAAGAUUCACCUGCAAGGGGAGCACAGCAAGGCCAUCCUGGCCCGCAGCAAGCUGGAGAGCUUGUGCAGGGAGCUGCAGAGACACAACAAAACUCUGAAGGAUGAGAAUGCUCAGCGGUCCAGGGAGUACGAGGAGCAGCGGAAGGAGGCCAUGCUACACUUCCAGAUGACCUUGAGUGACAUUGAGGUGCAGAUGGAGCAGCACAGCUCCCACAACACCAAGCUGAGGCAGGAGAACAUGGAGCUGGCAGAGAAGCUGAAAAAGCUCAUUGAGCAGUAUGAGCUCAGAGAGGAGGUAAGAUGUCUCAAAAUCUGUUAAAGAUGUGAUCUGCAGCAGCAGCUGAUGGACGCCAAGCUUCAGACAAUCACAGAGAUGAUGAAAGAAGUGGAAGAGAAGCAGCAGAGAGAGAGGGACUUUCUGCUGAAAGAUGCCACAGAAUCCAGACGCAAGUGUGACCUAAUGAAGGAGCAGGAAACACAACUCAAACAACAGCUCUCCUUGUACAUGGACAAGUUUGAGGAGUUUCAGAGUACUUUGGCUAAAAGCAAUGAGGUCUUCACCACUUUUAGACAAGAGAUGGAAAAGAUGACAAAGAAGAUCAAGAAGUUGGAGAAGGAGACAACACAGUGGAAGAACAAAUGGGAGAGUAACAACCAGGCCCUGCUGCAGAUGGCUGAGGAGAAAACUCUGCGCGAUGGCCACUUCAAGGCCAUGCAGGGGAAGCUGGAGCUGCUGGAGAGGCUAUGCAGAGCGCUGCAGAAGGAGAGGAACGACCUGAACAAUCGGCUCAGCCUCCUGCAGGAGCAGGGAGACGAAGGGACCACAGCAGCUCCUGAAGACCAGCGACAGGAGCCUUUAGCAGAAGAGCAGCAGGAGGGGGAGGAAGGGGAUGGGGAGGAAAAGGAUGGGGAAGUGGGCUCAACACAGGGCGUAAGACAGGAGACAGAGGGCAUUCACCAAGGCACCAGACGACCUGGACUUGACUCCUCUCCGGCGGCUACUGUCAAAAGCACCCCUCCUGCAGACACACAGUACUGAGCCAACCUACAUGUGUGUGAGUAUAGAGGAAAAGGUUGUGAUACUAGGGUUCCACACGCCUCCAGCCUAGUUCAAGAACUAGCCAGACAAACCAUCUUCAAUGGAGAUAUAGAUUUCCUCUGUUUUUUAAGUCUACACUUGCCUCUGCAUGUUUCUACACAGAAACUGAGCCUAUAUCUUUUUGUGUAAUCGUUUAAGAAGGAUAAAGUGACUUUAUCAAAGAUUCUAUUCUAAGAGCUAGCCCACGUUUAGGUUGGUUGUAAUAAUUGGCUUUAUGGCGAGCACUUUGUACUCCAUUUUCUACCAUAAGUGUAUUUUCAUAAGAAAUUUCAAUGCAGUCUAAUUGAAGCAGUCCAUCUUUAAUUUCUUUGGGCAAAUGGUCCAUCCCUGUGGUGUCGCAUCUCAUCAGAAGUUCUCCAGUGAUUCAGUCAGAAGUGGGUCCGUCACAUGCUUUUUUUCAUAGGUUAGUGUGUUAAUGAAGCCCACAGUGAGAAUUCAAUCUGAGGAGGAAGCAUACCUAGUGUAGAGCAAGCACAAUGCAGAGAUGGCUCGUUUGACAUCUUCAUUGUUGACAUCUUUUUUUUGUGUGUUAAGAUAAGGUGGUCUUUUGGAACCAGAAGUAUCUUAACAAAAUUAAUCUGUGAAUCCAUAUAAAAAGGCUACCUUGACCCACCUGUUUGCUAAUAACUAGUUAGCAUGCUACCCAUCAAUUUUGUUACAGAUUUUCCAAUAUUUUCUGUUUAGUAAUGAGUCUGAAAGCAAAAUUCUAAAGUGCACAAGCUGAACAAGCGUCACUAUGACCGACCCACCCUGUCAUUAUACCAGGCUAAUGUUGCUUUGCUAACUACAUGGUGAUGACUAGAGAGCUCUGCACAUAUCUCUCAGAAGACAGUUAUUUCAUUGCACUCAGUUGUUGGUGUGAAAGAAAUUGAAUUAGUUGUGUAACAAAUGAAAACAGAAGUGGAAACCCUGGUUCCUUUUUAUCACCCCCCCCUGCAACUGCAGAUUACUAAAAUUAAAUGAGCGUAUGUCACCAGAGUCUAAGGACGGUAGAUGUAACCUGGCAGCUGCAGUCAUGAUUAAUUUUGAUCAAAUCCCUUUUUGUUGAUACUUGAGGUGUUUUUUCCUAACGACAACAGUCUGUGGUUUAUGCAAUAUGCGCAUAAAGUCAUAGAAUUACUUAGUGUUAGGAUCAGAUGUGAUAGAAAAUAUAUUUUUGUCUAAGCUAAAACAAGACAAUUUUGAGUUCUUCAGUUUUCCUCAUUAAAACAUCUGUCGCCAAAGGGCUUCAUUUUAUACUUACAGCAGUAACAAGUUGAGUAGGCCCUGCUUGAUGGCAAGGUAAAUAGUGUAGUGGAGUCGAGUCGAGUGGAGUCCUGAUGUGUAGGAAAGGGAUCAUUGGCCGAUCAGAUGUUUGUAACAUACAUGAUCUCUGGUUUUCACACUUAAUUUUAUUUUAUUAUACUCAGUCUGGGUCAACACUGCCUCAUUGCAGCUGCUGUUCCUCAGCAGCUCUGAUAACCCUAAAAAACAUCAUUCCUGAUGCACAGCAUCUUGUUAAGCCCUAAGAAAAGUUCCAGUUUGUAGAAAUCAUGAAUCCGAGAAACUAAAGUCCAAUGAUUUUUGACUUGUCAUAGAGUAAUGUCCUUUCUGAAGUCUGCUUCAGCGUCUGAGUAAGGUCAGCGAGAGUCAGGUUUGGUUGUUUCAAAUAGUUUUCCUUCAUUAUGUAAUGAACAGUUGGCCUGUUUAACAUCUCAAUGAAAUGUCCUUGAAGACAUUGCCUUACUGUUCAGCUAAGUUUCUUACGGAAGUUCACCUUACACAUUUACCUUCACAUUGUGUGGACAUGUCAACUCAAAGGCUCGGUUGACGUGUGCGUACAUCUCUGGUAUCAAGUGGUGGACAGUUGUCACACCCCUGAGCCGCCUGUUUCCUCUUUGCCCAGACUGACACUCAGGUAAUGUCAGAAUCUACCUCUGUAGAAAUUGUGAUAGAAGAGGCACGAGUCACCACAGCUUCAGAGGGCUUUAUUUUUACUGAAAAAGCCCACACCCUCUUUGAUUGUACAAUGUUCUUGUAGUCCUGUCUUUCUUUUCAAUAAACUUUUUGUAGAAUUUG